GUGACGUCAGCCCAUGUUCGUCCUUUCCCAGAAAAAAUGGCAGCUGUUGACAUCGACGUACCGGUGGAGACGGAUCCCCAGAUCUGUAAUCCAGCUGACCUGGAACGGCAAGCUGAAUGCUUCAAAGAGCAAGGAAAUGCAUUCUACAGCAACAAAGAUUACUCUGAGGCUUUCAACUUUUACACAAAGGCCAUUGAUGCGUGCCCCAAAAAUGCCAGUUACUAUGGCAACAGGGCUGCCACCCUCAUGAUGCUCUGCCGCUUUCGAGAGGCUCUAGAAGAUUCCCAGCAGGCCGUGCGCCUGGAUGAUUGUUUCAUGAAGGGUCAUUUACGUGAAGGCAAGUGCCACCUGUCUCUGGGAAAUGCCAUGGCGGCUAGUCGCUGCUUUCAGAAGGUUCUGGAGCUGGAACCCAGCAAUAGAGAAGCACAGCAAGAGAAUAAGAAUGCAACAACACUGCUGGAGUUUGAGCGAAUGGCAGAUUUUGGUUUUGAAAAGCGGGAUUUCAGAAAGGUUGUAUACUGCAUGGACCGGGCCUUGGCCUUGGCCACUGCCUGCCACCGCUUCAAAAUCCUCAAAGCUGAAUGUCUGGCUCUGCUGGGACGAUAUCCUGAAGCCCAGUCUGUAGCAAGUGACAUCCUGCGAAUGGAUUCCACAAAUGCAGAUGCACUCUACGUUCGUGGCCUGUGUCUUUACUAUGAGGACUGCAUUGACAAAGCAGUACAGUUUUUUGUUCAGGCUCUGCGAAUGGCACCUGACCACGAAAAGGCCCGGCUAGCCUGCAGGAAUGCCAAAGCCUUGAAAGCAAAGAAAGAGGAGGGCAACCAGGCAUUUAAGAUCAACAACUAUGAAGCUGCCUACCAGCUGUACACUGAAGCAUUGGCGAUAGACCCCAACAACAUAAAGACCAACGCUAAACUCUACUGCAACAGAGCCACGGCAGGAGCAAAGCUGAAGAAACUUAAUCAAGCUAUUGAAGACUGCACCAGUGCAAUCAAACUAGAUGACACUUACAUCAAGGCUUACUUGAGAAGAGCUCAGUGCUACAUGGACACAGAGCAGUAUGAAGAGGCCGUGCGAGACUAUGAAAAAGUUUACCAGACUGAAAAAACAUCAGACCACAAACAUCUGCUGAAGAACGCACAGUUGGAACUGAAGAAGAGCAAGAGGAAAGAUUACUACAAGGUGCUGGGUGUCGGCAAGAACGCAACCGAGGACGAAAUCAAGAAAGCCUAUCGCAAAAGGGCCCUUAUGCACCACCCAGACCGUCACAGUGCAGCGACUCCAGAAGUUCAGAAGGAGGAGGAAAAGAAAUUCAAGGAAGUGGGCGAGGCGUUCACUGUCCUCUCUGACCCAAAGAAGAAGAUCCGCUAUGACAGUGGGCACGAUCUGGAUAAUGAUGGCUGCUUUGAUGGUGGAGAUUUUGAUGCAAACAACAUCUUCAGGGCGUUUUUCGGUGGCCAUGGUGGAGGAUUUACCUUUGACUCCAGCUCAGACUCUGGACCCGGAAAUUUCUUUUUCCAGUUUGGCUAAAGCAGAGGAAUAUGUGGGGAAAAUGCAGCCCUGCAGUGGACAAAAUCAAAUUGGACACACAGUCACCUCAUGAUGCUCAGACUCUGGAGUGUCUUGCAGAAUCUCCUUUCAAUUUUUUCAAGCAGGAUUUUGAUUAUUGCAUUCACACCUAAAUUUACUUCUUGCAUUGAUGCUAAAGAAAACAUAUUGGGAAGGACUGUUUGAGGCUUUAGUUGUAAAUUAAUAUUGUAGAUAAAGAUUGGGUUUCGGGUUUGGGUCAGGUGAUAAGAGCAUGACCUUAUUGCCAAAUCAAAUUUACAUUGAAUAGACUUAUCAUGUAAAACUGCCUCUACUUUCAUGAAAAUGAUCAGUAGUAAGGAAUGCAUUGAAAAUCGAAGCAUUAUGGUCAAUUAGUAUAAGGUUCUCUUGGGACAUCUCGUCUCUAUAGAGCAAGAGUCUGUGUAUUGUGGAUGUUAAAUGUCAAAACUGACCUCAGGACAGCCUGUUCAGGACAAUACUAGUCUCUUGCAAGGGUUUGUCCAGGUUUUAUUGGCACGCUUGCCAAAUGUAGAAUUCGAUCUGCAGGGUUUUUGUUUCUUCUCUUCUCUGUGCUGCAUUGUAUAUUUGACUCGAAUGUAAAGCGUCACGUGUCCAUAAAUUCCUCUUCAGUCUUCCCUCGGUCUAUUUAUAUUUCUUGUACUGUAUAUUCUAACCUGUAUGCAGCUCAUUGCCUGUGCUCAUAUCUUCCUAAUUUAAACAAACUGAUUUGUGUUUUCCACACUGUCAUCUCAUGUCUUUUUCUCCGAAACAGGCCAAAAUGGGACACAUUUACAGAUCUAUCGCCUGUUGAAGCGAUGCAACAUCAUUGCUUCGACUCAUUUGUCCUGCUGUUCCAACAAAUUAAAGCGGUGCCUUACAAAAAUGAGCAGAUCAGUAAACACUUCCCUUAACCUCCUCACAUUGAAACCCACUUUAAAGGCCGUAGAGUGAGCUACCCACCAUUUGACAACUGAAAACAACCUGUAAAGCAUGUUUUUUUGUGCCGUUUUUUUUUCUCCCACCCAAAUAUCAAAUGCAGUGUUUCAAGUCAUCAGUCACACCUAGCUGUCACCCAACUAUACUUGUCAUGCACGUUUUGUCAGACCAGCCCUUCCCCUACUGGUGUCACCUGUUUAAAGGGCGUCUGAUAACGUAGGAAGAUUCUAUUGUUAAUUGUUUCCACUGAUCUAUGUAUCAUUUUUUAAAAACAUGGCACAGUAUUAAGAUAUGCUUUUCUUAUUGCAAAAAUAAAGGCUCGUCUUUUACUGUAA